AUGCCUACAUAUCCUAUCCGGCGCCGGCCCCGCGAGUGCAAGACCUGUCUACCCUGUCGUGCGAGUAAGGUCCGUUGCGAUCGCAAUGUACCAUGCGGCAAUUGCGUCAAGCGCAACUUCAACUGCUCCUAUGGCCGCCCCCCUCCCAAGGACCCAUAUCCGCUAACUACACCGACUCCCACGACGACUCUGCCUAAAACCCCAUACUUCUCCUCUCUACCGUCGUACACUCCGACUUACCAAACUACAAAUACCUCGAGCCGCGAUGCUUCGUUUGGACCUGGGACAGGCACUGAUUCCACUCCCGACCAGGACCCAUUGUCGGAUACUGUGAUGAUCACACAGGGAGAAUGGGAUGAGAUUAACGCCAAGAUGCGCGCAAUGGAACAGAUAAUGGGCAGUUUGCACUCAUUGUUCGAUACACACGCGCGGAGGAAACCCGGCAACGCCGUCACGGACGUAUCCCCUGAAAAAGAAGGGUCCCCGAGGUCCGAAGGCAUCUAUGAGCCAGACGUGCUGCGAACAGGCUCCGUCCAUAUAGGGUCGAGAUCAGCACUCGUGGAUAUUUUGAACAAGUCGAAGGUUUCCGAGGAAACUGCGCAGGCGCUGCCUAAGGAUGACCUUCUCGCGGAGCUGGCGAUGGGAAACGAGUCGGCCGCAUACCCUUUCGUUGACCUAUGGUCGUCGGAUCCGUAUACAUUUAACAUCGCCGGCGUUUGUGGAGUAUUACCCGAUGAUGACCAAUGUCGACGAGACAUCGCAGCUGUACUGUAUCCGGUGCUUCCAGACGUCGCCAGAUUAGAACAAAAUAUGGAUCGACUUUUGCGAGGCCGCAAGGCAGCCGGAGGUGUUUACCGGCCAGAUACCAAUGGCUUGGUCAAGCCAUUCGGAAUGAACCUGGCCUUCCUGAGUCUGCUCUUCGCCGUGCUUGCAUCCGGGUGUCAACUGUCCGACUUGCCAGGUAAAGAGCGGGAGUUGACCUCCUGGGUCUAUGUUUCCUGCGCAUAUCAGUGUUUGCGAAUGUUGAACUAUGUGUCGCAACCGACGCUUGAAGUGAUCCAAGUUCUGUUGAUCAUAAGUCACGUCUUGUCCUAUAAUAUGAACGCGGGCGCGUCAUACACGUUGCUAGGGAUGACGGAGCGCAUGUGUAUGGUCCUCGGUCUUCAUGUCGAAUCAUCGGGCUUUGCGCGAGAUGUUCAAGCGGCUCGCAGGAGGGUGUGGUGGGCAAUGGCUUUUCAGAACAGUCAUUUCUCCUUGGCAUACGAUCGACCAUCAAUCACGAUGGUUAGUCAGCCGGAAAUUCCCUAUGAUCCCAAAUCGAUGCCCGGUCAUCGAUCGUAUUUUGAGUCACUUUGCCGGCUAGUUUCGGUCGUUCUGGAAGUGUUGCGGAUGCGAAUGUAUCCACAUCAUUCUCAACUGCGAUAUCACGAGAUUAGAGAGUAUAAGCAGCGCUUCGGACGAAUCAUCGCCGAAGGUGUCCCGCAUUUGCGCUCUCCUGACCAUUGCGUCACUUUGGCGGAUCAUAUCGAGCGAGCAGAGUUACGUCUGCACUCGUCGUACUUUCUCUCCGUUCUCUGUCGCGUUUCGUUAGACCCGGAUGCGCAUCUGGACGAUGAGCGGCGGGCGAUAAUCCGCGAUGAUUGCCUGACGAAUCUGAUGAACACGAUCGAUGCAUUUGUCGAGCUGCAUUCGUUCAACCCGCACUGUUCCCGGACUUGGAUCAGCCUGCAGCGCACAAUCGCAUCUGCCUUUCUGCUGGUUGCACAUCUCGAGGAACGUUAUCGAGCUCGAACGUAUGACCUCAUUCGGAGGCUUGAACUUGUCCUGGCGGAUCAUGUGUACGCCGGAGGACAGGAAAAUCAGAACAGCCAGACGGAGUCUGCGAAACACCUUGCGUCGUCGCUCCGUGCCCUCCAGCAGAUCAGCGCUGCAUUGCGUGCUAAGGAACCUGAGAGAUUGGGAUCGGGCUCCGAGACCACGAACACGGUUUCCAGCAUCGCCACCCCAAUGCUGAUCCCUGCGUCCUCACCAUCGAUCGCUCUCAGCACCACAGCAGCUCAGUUCUCCGAAUACGUUCCUGCGCCGCAGGGGAAGAACAUGCGUACCAUACUCGACAGCGUGUCCGACGUGAUGUUAUUCCCCAGUAUGGGCAUGGCAAAUUUAUGA